CUCCCUCCCUGGAACAGCGGCCUCCGACAUAAGCACAGCAAACCUGCCACGAUCAAAGUGUACCGCUCGGCAGCAUGGCUACGAAAUGUGGGAAUUGUGGACCCGGCUACCCCACCCCUCUGGAGGCCAUGAAAGGACCCCGGGAGGAGAUCAUCUACCUGCCCUGCAUUUACCGAAACACGGGCACUGAGGCCCCAGAUUAUCUGGCCACUGUGGAUGUUGACCCCAAGUCUCCCCAGUAUUGCCAGGUUAUCCACCGGCUGCCCAUGCCCAACCUGAAGGACGAGCUGCAUCACUCGGGAUGGAACACCUGCAGCAGCUGCUUCGGUGACAGCACCAAGUCACGCACCAAGCUGGUGCUGCCCAGUCUCAUCUCCUCUCGCAUCUAUGUGGUGGACGUGGGCUCCGAGCCCCGGGCCCCAAAGCUGCACAAGGUCAUCGAACCCAAGGACAUCCAUGCCAAGUGCGGACUGGCCUUUCUCCACACCACGCACUGCCUGGCCAGCGGGGAGGUGAUGAUCAGCUCCCUGGGAGACACCAAGGGCGAUGGCAAAGGGGGUUUUGUGCUGCUGGAUGGGGAGACGUUCGAGGUGAAGGGGACAUGGGAGCGACCUGGGGGUGCUGCGCCAUUGGGCUAUGACUUCUGGUACCAGCCUCGACACAACGUCAUGAUCAGCACGGAGUGGGCAGCUCCCAAUGUCUUACGAGAUGGCUUCAACCCCGCCGAUGUGGAGGCUGGGCUGUAUGGGAGCCAUUUAUAUGUGUGGGACUGGCAGCGCCAUGAGAUCGUGCAGACCCUGUCUAUGAAAGAUGGGCUCAUUCCCUUGGAGAUCCGCUUCCUGCACAACCCAGACGCUGCCCAAGGCUUUGUGGGCUGUGCUCUCAGCGCCACCAUCCAGCGCUUCUUCAAGAACAAGGGCAGUACUUGGUCAGUGGAGAAGGUUAUCCAGGUGCCCCCCAAGAAGGUGAAGGGCUGGCUGCUGCCUGAAAUGCCAGGCCUGAUCACCGACAUCCUGCUGUCCCUGGAUGACCGCUUCCUCUACUUCAGCAACUGGCUGCACGGGGACCUGAGGCAGUAUGACAUCUCUGACCCGCAGAGGCCGCGCCUCACAGGACAGCUCUUCCUCGGGGGCAGCAUUGUUAAGGGAGGCCCUGUGCAAGUGCUGGAGGACCAGGAACUAAAGUCUCAGCCAGAGCCCCUGGUGGUCAAGGGAAAACGGGUGUCUGGAGGCCCUCAGAUGAUCCAGCUCAGCCUGGAUGGGAAGCGCCUCUACGUCACCACAUCGCUGUACAGUGCCUGGGACAAGCAGUUUUACCCUGAUCUCAUCAGGGAUGGCUCUGUGUUUGCAAUGACAUGGACAUGAGUAUGGGAGGUUACU